AUGCCAGCCGAAGAGGUAAAGAUCCAGCCAUGGAAGAAAGUCUUCCCGCAAAAGGAGAGCGACAAAGCCAUCGAUGCCGAAACCGAUCCUCAGCAAAUUGAUCUCCGACGCUCCUACGCCACUCACGCACCAAACAGCAAGGGCAGCCUCAUCGAGGUCAAGACCGAGAGGGGGAGGGCGGAGCCGGAUGGCAUUGUCUCAUUUUGCAACUUGAUGGAGGUCAUUGUGAGAAUUUGA